AUGUUAGCCAAAAGGUCGAUAAUCCCCAAGAUGGUGACCGAAAAGCUCCAAAACUUACAUAUAUCGGUUCCCUCGGCUGCAGACGAUGUGAAAGCGGUUUCAAACUCGUCCGGAAGACCAAAUCAGGCUCUAACGAAGCCCAUAUCGCUAAACGCAGAAACAGGUGAGUUGAUGGUCAGGAAGUCCACAGGUAAGACUAAGAUUCGCAAAGGUCAAAGCUCUGAAGAGUACGAAAACGAGAGAAACCAUUUCUUUGAUGUAGAAAAAGGACCAGUAUGGACCCCGGUUGGCUGGAUGAUGACGGCGAAUGAAGAUCUACUGGCGAAGGAUCACUCAGAUCUUGGGCCUGAUCUUACGCUAAAACAAGUAAGACACAAGCUUAUGGGGUACUGCCACUUACUUUACUAUCGAAAACGGUUCCAAGACUGCGCCCAGGCUUGCGAAAGCUUGAUUGCACAAUUCGAGACAGUCGAAAGUAGGAAAAGAGUCCAAAAGGAAAUAGAUGAAUUGAAGGGAAUGCUGGAGCACUCUAGGGCUAAGCGUGUGUAA